AGAGAGUGCUCCAAAGUCGCCCGGCGAGCUUCAUGGCCGAGGUGGGAACUGACCGGGCCAACACUCAGUUAUUUGAGUUUCUUAAUGGAGAGGAUGGAAGACAGACUCCUGGGUAGAAAUGCAACAGGUAUUUUCAAAGAGAUGUCCCAAAACAGGCGUAGUAGCAAAGGACCAGGCCCUUCUCAGACACAGUCCAUGGAUGUAGAUGAAGAAAACACGUUGACUCAGACACCCAGACAGAUGCGACGGAGCUUGGGGCAGCGCUCGCAGAGUCAAGUGCAACACAAAGGGAAUGAACUGGUACAGUUUCUGCUGAUUAAAGACCAAAAGAAGAUUCCUAUUAAACGUUCAGAUAUCCUGAAAUAUGUCAUCAAAGACUACAAAGAUAAUUUUUUUGAAAUUCUCCAACAUGCCAAUGAGACCCUUCAGCAGGUAUUUGGACUGGAACUUGUGAAACUUGAUCCAAAGAAUCACACCUACAUCCUAAUCAGUAAAUUGCCACCAUUGGAAGGAGGAAUCAUGACUGAAAAUGAGAACAGUCCCAAGCUUGGCCUCCUCAUAGUCAUUCUCAGCCUCAUCUACAUGAAAGGCAAUGUGGCCAAAGAAUCUGCUGUUUGGGAGAUGCUGAGGAGACUCCGAGUUGACUGCUCUGGGGAAAAACACAGUAUCUUUGGGGAUGUGAAGAAACUAGUGACAGAAGAAUUUGUUAGGCAAAAGUACCUGGAAUAUACUCGCAUCCCACACACAGACCCACGUGAGUUUGAAUUCAAAUGGGGACCACGAGCCACAAAAGAGACUUCAAAGAAGCAGAUUCUACAGUUUGUUGCUAAGAUACAAAACAAGAACCCCACAUUUUGGAUGAGUCAGUACAAUGAAGCGGAAGCAGAGGCUGAUGCUGCAGUAAACAAGUAGCCAUUAUGUGGCUAGGAGCCAUAAAAACUUAGUUGAACUGGGUUUACAGCCUGUGCCUGUUGCUGGGAGAGGGUUCUUGAUUUCACUUCAUAGGAGAUUGACUUCAUGUAAAGUGCUCUGUGCAUCUUGCUAGGAUUCCCUCUACCACAGGAGAAGAGGUUACAGAAUAGUUCAAGGCUGUCUCUGUCACUCAGAAAAGAUGUAUUGGUAAGCCAUGUGAGUGUUCAUUGGACAAGUUAAACAUAGAUUUCUUGUUGGAUGGUUUGAUACUGUUGAGAAGAAUAAGAACCUAAUGGAGAUGUAGUAUUUAAAUAUAGGUUUUUUUGUAUUUAUCUGCCAUAUCAGUAUGGAUAAUACAUAUUGUACAGAACAUGUAUUUUCAUUAAAAGUAAAUAAAAAUAAGGGGUACAAUCUGUCCAAAGUUACGUAUGUUUAUAUUCUGUUGAUUUCAAUAAAAUGUAAGUAGAUGCUUAAUGCUCUCCUGUUGAAAGCAAGCAGGCUUAAAAAGCACUUAUAAAGGCCUUUAUUUAUUUAUUGGAUUUA